AAUAUAGAAAGGAGUAGGUACUAAUAAACACCAAAUUCAGCCUUGCUUUAUGAUUAACCCGUGAGUUGGAUUUAAUAACGUUUGGAAUCCGGUUUUCAGAUAGAGCAAAACUCACUUUUCUAGAGAGAGAAAGAGAGAGAGUGUGUCUUCUCUGUGUCUGUGUCUGUCUGUGUUUGUGUGUGUGUGAGGGUGAUAGAGGAAAAGGGGUCAGAGAGAGAAACCGUGUUGCAAAGCCAAAGGAUCUCAAAUCUCAACAACAGCAACAAAACCAGCAGCAACACCAGCAACACCAACUGUUUUUAAAGGUAUUCAGCUCAAAGCUUGCAUCUUCUGGCGUGUUCUUGAGGAAGUGGUUGUUGGUCAUUUACUGCUGUAUGUGUGGCUAGUAGUCACUAGGUGAAGGAUAAAUUUAUGCCACUUUGUUAAAGAAGAAGUAAUUGAAGAGAUUUAUAUUAAAGCACAUGUCUUUCCGAAGUAUAGUCCGUGAUGUGAGGGACGGUUUUGGGAGCUUGUCUAGACGUAGUUUUGAAGUGAGGCUCUCUGGUCAUAUACGGGGAAAAUCACAUGGCUCAGUGCACGAGUUACAUGACCCUCCUAUUGUUAUCCAGAAUAGCAAAUGGGCUAGCCUCCCGCCUGAGUUGCUACGAGAUGUAAUUAAGAGAUUAGAGGCUAGUGAAAGUACAUGGCCUGCUCGGAAGCAUGUUGUUGCUUGUGCUGCUGUUUGCAGAUCCUGGAGGGAUAUGUGCAAAGAAAUUGUUAGGAGUCCGGAGUUGUCUGGAAAGCUAACCUUCCCCGUCUCAUUAAAGCAGCCUGGGCCACGAGAUGGAGCCAUUCAGUGCUUCAUUAAACGAGAUAAAUCCAACUUAACGUACCACCUUUUCCUUUGUCUUAGCCCUGCUUUACUGGUUGAGAAUGGGAAGUUUCUUCUUUCUGCGAAGCGGACCAGGAGAACCACUUGUACAGAGUACGUCAUCAGUAUGGAUGCAGAUAACAUAUCGAGGUCCAGUAGCACUUACAUAGGAAAAUUAAGGUCAAACUUCUUGGGAACCAAAUUCAUUAUCUAUGAUACGCAGCCACCCCACAACAGCUCUCAGUCAUCACCUCCAGGCCGUUCGAGCAGAAGGUUCUACUCCAAAAAAGUCUCCCCAAAAGUUCCUACAGGGAGUUACAAUAUCGCCCAGGUCACUUACGAGCUGAAUGUUCUCGGUACGCGCGGACCACGCAGGAUGCACUGCGUCAUGCAGUCAAUCCCUAUUUCCUCGCUAGAGCCGGGUGGCAGUGUACCAGGGCAGCCUGAGCUUCUCCCCCGAUGCCUUGAGGACUCUUUUCGGAGUAUGUCUUUCUCUAAAUCAAUUGAUACCUCCACCGAGUUCAGUAGCUCCCGGUUCUCCGACAUUAUGGGCCCGCGUGACGAAGAAGAAGAGGGCAAAGAGAAAGCCUUGGUUCUUAGGAAUAAGGCCCCAAGAUGGCACGAACAGUUGCAAUGUUGGUGUCUUAAUUUCCGGGGGAGGGUAACAGUAGCUUCAGUGAAGAACUUCCAACUUAUAGCUGCAACACAACCGCCUCCUGCGGGGGCACCAACACCUUCACAGCCUGCCCCUUCAGAUCAUGAUAAGAUUAUCCUUCAAUUUGGGAAAGUUGGCAAGGACAUGUUCACCAUGGAUUACCGGUACCCUCUCUCUGCAUUUCAGGCUUUUGCGAUCUGUUUGAGCAGCUUUGACACUAAAUUGGCUUGUGAAUAGUAGGAAUUCAGUUGGUGGCAAAAAUGAGCAAAAAAAAAAAAAAAAAAAAACAAGAAAACAUGUCCAAAGAACAUUUAGCAGAUCAUAAUAACAUGGGGUUUUCGUCAUAGGUUCAUUAGCGUUUGGGUGUUUAAAACAGUCAUUUUGUAUAACCUUCGAUCGAUUGGAAGUGCAUAGAAGGUUGAAAUAAUCUUUGAUAAUGCAUCUAUUUGCAUUCUCUUCUGUUGUAGCUGUAUGUGCUUUCACCUGUUGAUCGUUGGUCUCUGUUGUUGAAUGUUGUUUCUAUGAUCUGUUGUAACAAAUAGUGCCAGGAAACGAUUCAAAUAUUUCUAGUUCAUUGUACUUCAUAUUUUUUUCGGGCCAAAUUUGUCAUUUCUAGCACAUGAAGUCAAAGAUUGCUUGU